AUGACAUCGUACCAUCCAGUGCAAACACCAACGAACGACGUGAGCAAAGGCGACCGCGGGGUCAACCCACGCGAGACGGCGCGCUGGCCCUCGAUCCUUACCAUUGGCUGGAUUAGCCGCCUCAUUCAGCGUGGCGCGAUCGCGCCGCUGACCGAGGACGACACGUGGCCGCUGCCGGCGCACGACACGGCUGCCGCCCUCCACGAUCGCUUCGAGCCGCAUUGGGCGUUCGAGAAGAUCCGUGCCGUGCCGCGCCUCCAUUACGCGCUGUGGCUGACAUUUCGCGGUCAGAUCCUUCGAGACCUCUUUCUCUACUUUGUGUACGCCGGCAUGAUGCUGCUGCAGCCGAUUUUGAUCCAGUCGAUCUUGCAGUGCAUCGAGCAAGACCCGGUCGUCCACACGUCCAUGCACAUCACCAACGGCUACGUGUUGGCAGCGCUUCUCACGGCGCUCUCGUUCGUCUCGAUUACGCUCAUUGAUUACGCGCAGUACUCCAACUCGCACACGGGCUGCAACGCCAAGUCGAUUGUCCUCGACUUGGUCUUUCGCAAGACGCUAAUGCUCUCGGGCGCGGCCGCAGUCGGUCUCUCGACCGGCGACAUUGUGACGUUGGCGUCCGUCGACGCCGACCGGAUCUUUAUGGGCUUUAGCUUUGGCUACUGGGCGCUCGUUGGGCCGCUCAUGCUGCUGGCGGUCUACAUUCUGAUUGGGUACCAGCUUGGCGCCGUUGUCGGCGUCAUUGGCGGCGUCACGAUGUUUCUCGCCCUGUACGUUGGCUACGUCUCGGGGCGCAAGGUCGGCGACAUUCGACGCGACCUUCUCAAGGUCCAAGCCAGCCGCGUCAAGCUCACGAACGAGGUGCUCCAAGGCAUCCGCGUCGUCAAACUCUACGCGUGGGAGGCGAGUCUAGAAGCGCAGCUCGCGACGAUCCGCGACCACGAGAUUGCGCUCCUCAAGAAGUACCACACCCGCCGGACGUUUAACACCGUCUUGCUCUACAUAGCGCCCGUGAUCUCGCUCGCGAUCUGCCUCCUCGUGUAUGUUGCACUCGGCCACACGCUCACGGCGCCGAUUGCGUUCACGGCACUGGCCUAUGUCAACGUCGCCCGCUUCCCGUGCACUGUCUUUUCGACGUCGAUCAUGAUGACUGCCGAGAUGCUCGCGUCGUGCGAGCGCAUUGGCACCUACUUGGCGUCGACAAAUGUGGUCGCCGCGAUUGACGCGCCGGUCUACAAUGGGCCGACGACGGUCGCGAUGACCGACGCUGCGUUCAGCUGGGCCACGUCAACCCCUGACAUAGAGGCAUCGUCGCUCACGCUUCGAGACCUCACAUUCACGCUGACGCCGGGUAGCCUCACGAUCGUUGUCGGGCCCGUCGGCAGCGGCAAGUCGAGUCUUGUGAGCGCGAUCCUGGGCGAAAUUCCCCACGUCCACGGCCAUCGCAAUGUCGCGGGUCGUCUCUCGUACGUCAGCCAAGAGCCGUGGAUCCAGCACGCGACGAUCAAGAACAACAUCCUCUUCCAUGCUGACGACGACGACGAUGACUACUACCACCGGGUGCUUGCGGCGUGCCAGCUCGGACCAGACCUCGCCAUGUUGCCCUUGGGCGACGCGACCGAAAUUGGCGAGCGCGGCAUCAACUUGAGUGGCGGCCAGAAGGCGCGUGUCAGCUUGGCCCGCAGCGUGUACCAUCAAUCGGCCGACAUCUAUCUCCUCGAUGACCCGCUGAGCGCCCUCGACGUGCAUGUUGCAACGGCGGUCUUUCACGAGUGCAUUCGCGGCCUCCUCGGUGGCAAGACGACGAUUCUGGUCCUCAACAGUCACUACCAUUUUCUCCCGCUCGCGGACCGCGUGUUGCUCAUGGACAACGGGUCGAUCGUCGGUGACGGCUGCUUCGAGUCGCUCAAGACGGACUUUCCACAUUUGAUGAACUUUACCGAGUCCAAUGCCACACAGGACGACAAUGACGACAGCGCGUCCCCAUCGCUCGACAAGCCCACGCCACCCAAGGAGACGGGUGCUAGCGUCCAAAAGGCUGGCGGUGGCCUUAUGGACAAGGAAGACCGCGCCACCGGGGCUGUCUCGGCUGCAACCUACAAGACCUACUUUGGCUCGAGCGGCUACAACGGGCUGGUGGUGGCGGCGUCGAUUUGCGUCUUUUUGACCCUCUCGCAGACUGCGCUCGCAAUGACGGACUGGUUCAUGAGCUACUGGUCCAACCAUGCAACCAUGAUGGCCAAGGUCUCGUCCGGGUACAUUUACCUCGGGUGCGCGGUCGUCUCGGUCGUGCUCGUGUAUGGCCGAUCGCUGUACAUCCUCAUGGUCGCCAUCAAGUGCUCCCAGUCGCUGCAUGCACUGCUGCUGCGCAAGGUCCUCGCCGCACCCGUCCCAACGUUCUUUGACGUGACGCCCAUUGGUCGCAUCCUCAACCGGUUCUCGAGCGAUUUGGACCAAACCGACUCGCAGCUGCCGUACUUUGGGCUGCUUUUGCUGCAGUUUGUAUUUCAAAUCGUGGCCGUCCUCAUCGUGUGCGUCGUCUCGACGCCGUACAUUCUUAUCGUGUACGUACCGCUCGCCUACCUCUUUUUCAAGGUCCAGCAGUACUACAACAAGUCGUCGACCGAGCUCAAGCGGCUCGAGAGCACGAGCCGGUCGCCCGUUGUCACGUCGGUCGCCGAGACACUCAGCGGUCUCUCGACGAUCCGCGCCUUCAACAAAACACGCAUUAUCCUCGCCAAGCAGCGCGCGUCCGUCGACCACUACAUGAGCUUCUCGUUCCUCUUUACGUGUGCCGGCCGGUGGUUCCAGAUGCGCCUCGACUGGCUCAGCGCCGCCAUCAUCGCCGGCGUCGCCUUCAUUUGCAUUCUGACCAAAGCCUCGAUUGGGAUUGCCGCAGCGGGCUUGACGCUCACGUAUGCGUCGCAGCUCUCGGUGUUUCUCUCCAACACGGCCAAGAUGCUCAACAUGGUCGAGAAUCUCAUGACGUCGGUCGAGCGACUCAGUCACUACAAGUCACUCGAGAACGAAGACGAGUCGACGAUCGGUCGCGUCACUGUCGACGCAGCAUGGCCCUCGGCUGGCGUCAUCACCUUUUGCAACUACUCGAUGCGGUACCGCGAACACCUCGACCUCGUCCUCAACCAAGUGUCGUUCACGGUGCCAUCGGGCGCCAAAGUUGGCAUCUGCGGCCGCACCGGCUCGGGCAAGAGCUCGCUCAUGGCCGCGCUCUUCCGCAUGGUGCCAAGAGCGUCCGGUUCGAUUGCCAUCGAUGACGUCGACAUUGCGACCGUGUCGGUGACAACGCUCCGGUCGCGGCUCACGAUCAUCCCGCAAGACCCAGUGCUUUUCUCUGGCUCGUUGCGUUUCAACUUGGACCCGUCGGGUACUGCGGGCGAUGACGAGCUCUGGCGAGUCCUCAAGCAAGUGCACUUGGCCGAAGGCGUUGCCUCGCUCGACGACGAGGUCGCGGAGCGCGGAAGCAACUUUUCGGUCGGUCAGCGCCAACUGCUCUGCAUUGCGCGCGCCCUCUUGCGCAGAAGCCAGGUGGUGGUCCUGGACGAAGCCACCGCCAGCAUUGACCUCGAGUCCGACAAGCGCAUCCAAGCGACGAUCACGGAGUGUUUUGUGGGCAUCACGAUGCUCAUCAUUGCGCAUCGGCUCGACACGAUCAUCGACUCGGACCGGAUUCUCGUGCUCGACGCUGGCCGCGUCGUCGAGUACGACACGCCCAACGUGCUGCUCGCAAAGGCCGACGGUGAAUUCGCGACCCUCGCUGCGCAGGCGCAGUUGCAGCGUCCCUUGUAA